AUGUUGUACACCAACGUGACAAAGAUAAAAGAUUUCUUCCUUCUUGGAUUUCCAGGACUUUUGCCAAAAUAUUAUGGACCUGUGUCUGCUUUUCUUUUUCUGCUUUUCUUGGCUAUAGCUGUGGGAAACGUCUUCAUUUUAGUGUUUAUUAUAUGUGAAAAAUCUCUUCACAAGCCCUCGUAUCUUAUCUUUUGCCACUUGGCAUUAACUGACUUAAUGUUUGGGACUGUAACUCUACCAAGGCUUGUGUCAAAAUAUUGGUUUAAUGACAACAUUGUUUCUUUUUACAAUUGUUUUGUACAAAUGUUUUUUGUUCAUUUUUUGGGUGCUUCUCAUUCUUUUAUUCUGAUGGUGAUGGCACUUGAUCGUUUUAUAGCGAUCUGUGCUCCACUGCGUUACACAUCACUGUUCACAAAAAACACAGCUUCUGUGCUUUGUGGAAUAUCUUGGUUGGUACCGGGAUCAUGGAUGGUUUUUAUUGUUUUAGAUGCUCUUACCCUCCCUUUUUGUAAUUCAAAUAUAAUAGUACAGUGCUACUGUGACCAUUAUUCGAUAGUAACCCUUGGAUGUGAGAAUGCACAAUCUUCUACAUUUCUUGGACUGAUAGGUGCAAUGGUUAGUUUGUUAUUGCCAAUUGGAUUUAUCAUCCUAUCUUAUUUUGUGAUCGUUGUUGCUGUUAUGAAAAUUUCUUCCUCAGAGGGCCGUCUCAAGACGCUGUCGACCUGCACACCACAGCUUCUCAUCACAGGUCUCUACUACUUGCCGAGAUGUUUUGUGUAUUUAGCAAAUUAUUUGGGCUACACUUUUAGCUUUUCCAUUCGAACUGUUGUCAUAAUGCUGUAUAGUCUUAUACCUGCUGCUGUCAACCCAAUAAUAUACUGCUUAAAAACAAAGGAUAUCAAAGAAAGUUUGAAAAGGAAAUUCCUCAAAAACAAGAGAGAGAGAAAGUUAGGCAUGCACACAACUAGACAGGGUCAUCACAAGACUGGACAUUGUGGUGGUUGA